UGAUUACUGCUCCCUGAAUUUAUAGCUAGUGCUUUUAUUUUUGGUAUGGCUGAGGGAUCAGUCACUGUGUCCUGUAGCACACUUGCUACACUCCAACUAGAACAUUUGAAGUUGGAUCCUACAAACAACCCCUACACAGAAAUUGGAAAACUGAUGGAAGUAAGCUAUGAUGGGCAGCCUCUUCUCCUCGCCCAAUACCCUCCCCCACUUUUGCCGAAGCCAGGGAAAGACAAUGCCCUCCUGCAGAAGCUGUUAAAGAAAAAUGUCAAGAAAAAACAGCUCCUUCUGUCAGACACCCAUCCCGUUUCGCUCAAGCCUAUCACCUGUAAGUGAGGCCAGUCCAGAUGAGGAGCACAGUGAUCUCAAUACAUCUACAAAAACUACAGAAGUGCCUGUGCACAUUCAGAUUCUUAACUCCACUACUGCUCAAGAAACAAUGCCUCUCUGGCAGGCUGUUGAUUCACACAAUACUUCUGUCAGUUCCUACUCAUACCCCUGUAGCAACCCAUACCUCAAUUCCUCUUGCAGUCCUCACAACAGCUCAACAUCCAUUCUGUCCUUGCAUACAUAUAUGCAUCCUGAUUCACCAUUUAAACCCCAAAUAGCACCACUUUAUACAUGUUCCUCUUUUCUGUUUGAUGAAGCUACUGAGCCGAACACAGACUCAGAUUCUGCUCCACAGUCUGAGGUACCCCUAAGCCUAACAUUACCUACUGUUUUACACACCCUUAACAAUACACAAAAAGAACAAGAAUUCCCAGUGCCAUAUACUAUUGCUCAGACCUUAAAACCUCCUCCACCUACCUAUCUGGGCUCAGAAAUGUCAACCUUGGCUCCAGUUAUGCCUCCUGUUGCAUAUUUGGACACAACUAAUGUUCUUCCCCUAGUCCAUGAAACAACAAGCCAGUGUACUAGACAGGAACGCAAAAGUACUUCAAGUACAAAGGACACUCACAAGUGUUUUGCAGGUAAUGAUGUUAUAGAAUCAAUUCUGAAUGGAUCCUGUAUACCUCAAGAUACUACUGCCAACAUUUUAAAAAGAGAGAAUCCAUCAAAUAUUCCACAAAAUGAGGUUUAUGUUUCUUUUGAUAAAACAUCAGAGCCACCACUAGAAAAUAACAGAAACCAAAGAUCCAAUUCAACAUGGGCAUCAAAAUAUGCUACUCCAAGAUCCAACUCCAGCAUCUAUAGUGAUCCAGGAUCCAUAGUAACCUUGGGUGGUGAAGUAUAUGCAACAGUAAACAGUUCUAGAGAUACAAAACCCACUAAUGAAACCAGAGAAAAAACAAAUGAUGCUACUACUCUUUUAUCUACCUCACUUCUUGCUCUUACUUCAUCUGAGGAAUCGCCCAACACUCAGGAAAGAAACCCUUUCAAGAAUCACAAACCUUUAUCCUCUGUGGCAAUUAAUGCAGGAAGUUCAUUUCAGAAAACAAUUAAUGAUAAUAAUAAUCCAGAAGCAAGUGUAGGGGUUGAAAUUAUGCAUUCGAAAGUACGUCGACUGCAUUAUUUGGAUUCUGAAAUAAAUAAUUCUAUUUUAAAAGCACAUUCUAAGAAAUACUUAAUUAAAAAGCUAUCAGCUCUUACAGCUACAACAUGUGCAACAAAUCUGUGUAUGGUGCCUGACUCUACAUUGAUGCAAAAGUAUCAAAUGUUCCAAACUGAGACAUUAACCUCUGCUCCUUGUGCAUACAGUGUCCCAAACACUCCUGGCUGUUGUUUACAGCAAGUUUCUACAAACUCUUUUGAUAAACACCGACAUAAUAUUGUGCAAAGAAAGUCUAACAUGUCUGAAAUAAAUUCAACAGUCAAAGGAUGUAUUGCAUAUGCUGGAAUUCAAAGCAACUGUAGAUUAGAAUCUCCUCUUAAAACACCUGAUUUUAAACAUACUCUGUCAAAAUCGCCAGCGGACAUAUCAUAUGAUACAUCUUUCGAACAAACUUUUUCCAAUGAUCUUAACUCUUGCAUUUUAGAAACUCAUAUUCCACAAACUUCAGGACUACAAACACCAAUGUCAGAUUCACCUGAAAUGGAACUGGAUACAGUUUCUACAAAUAUUCCAAGCAAUCAAGCAAAUAAAUAUUUUCCUGACUUUUUGAAUAUACAAACUGUCAAAGCCCCUAACACAGAUUGGCAAAAGGCUAAAUCUAUGAUAGCUGUUAAUCAGCUAUCAGCAUGUCAUAAAAAACAAGCUGCAACCCUUAGAAACUUCUCCAGUUUUGACAAUACAGAUAGGUCUUCUGCUUUAACCUACAGUGAAUUAAAGCCAAAAUAUUCUCAAAGGCACAAAUUUUCAAAGGCACAAUCACAUAUGCCAAACUCAAAUAUAUCUGGAAUAUCAACAACAGACAUAUUAAUACAAAAUAUUCCACCUCAAACAGCAGGAAUAGAUAAUGUACCAAAAUGUACAUAUCCAACAGAAAAUGUUUAUCCUGUGCUAACAGGAUUUACACAGGUUUCUUCACAAUCCAAACAAGACUGCUUUGUGCCUUUAAAGACAAAAACAGCUAAACAUUUUUCCAGUGCAGGCUCUCUGACUGGAAACCACUCCAGAUUCAAAUCAUUUAUUAAUAAGACAUCAGUAAAACCCGACUUGCCACCUACUAGUAAUAAAGAAUCGUCAGUUCUAGUUAAACACAAACACAAUGCAAAUAUUCAGGAUUUUGUUAAAUGUGACCUAGAAGUCAAAGAAAAAAAAGAUUCUAAACCCAAUACAAAAUCAAAUGAAGCUAAUACUGCAGUCCAGAGUGUUGUCAAAAAACUGAAUGACAAAAACCUCAAUUUAAAUCCCUUAACACAGUUAUCCAGAAAAGGUUUUAUAAAGUCAAGCAGUACAGAAAAAGUUGUCGCAAACCUGUUGCUAAACAAACCAGAAUUUCUCACAUCCUCGACAACUCCUGACAUGGACAUUUCUGAUCAAUCAAAUUAUACCACAAAAUCAGAUGCACAAAUGAUUGACUCUCAAUGUAGGUGUAAUAACAAUGCUAAAGUCACUUCCAUUGCAAUUGAUUUUUCUAAGCCUCAAACAUCAGACAAUGGAAGAAAUCCAGCCAAAAAACUCAGUGAGAGUACAAAUGAUUUGUUGGACAAUCAAAAUAAUGUUACAGAGGAGGUUGACAUUAGACAGCCAGAAGAUGUUUUGAAAAAUAUCACAAACAAAUCAGAGGUAAUCCCUAAAGUGGAACACACAGUAAAGCUGCCUUGGGGUCCAAAGAAAAAGCUCAGCGGCUGGUCCAGCCUGAAGAAACACAUGAUAGUGGAACCUGAACCACCAAAUUUUUCAGAGCCAGAUAAAGACAAUGACAAGCAUAUCCUUGCAGCAGACAGAGUCCCAAAUGGAAAUGAAAAGUAUGCUGGGGUUAAAGAGGAAUCUGGCAUUCAUGAAUUGAAGAAAAAGGAGGAGUCCCCUAAAGCACUUAAAAUGUGGGAUGCUCUUCUCUUUCAGAUGUUCUCCACUAAGGAGAAAAUCAUGAAUCAGAUCAAUGCCAAAGAAUCUAAAACAGAGUCUAAGAUAUCAAAGAACAACUUGCUGGAAAUCCCAUCAUUUGUUCAGCGACUGCCAGUUUUACUUUAUAGCCCUCGUUUUAAUGCCCGGAAACUAAAAGAAGCAGCUGCAAGGCCUGUUACAAAAAUUACUACAGUAUUUCAGAGCACACUGUUACACCGUAAAGCUGAAGGUGAAGAGCCAAAAGACUUUAACAGAACAGCGAAAGGAUUUAUUACAAUAUAAAUGAAGAAAGUGUAUACAUUUUAUCUAGAAAUAAUUCUAAACACACAGUAGAUGAGGCAGUUUGUAAGGCUCUCUCUACAAGAUGGACCACACUAGAGUGAAGCUUUACAAACUUAUGUUGGACUAAGACAGCUACAGUGAAAGGUCGGAAUUGUGUCAGGUUCCUCUGGGUGCUCCAUGAGUAACAGAUAUGUUCCUGCACUUUAUUGAAGGUGACUGACAGUCACAGCUGAUCAGGCUGUGGCAGAUAGUUUAGUGUAGUAAGAGAUAAGGAUAGAGAAUGGUAGCCAUAUACAGUACAUAGAUACAAUACAUGCUGAGUUUAAAAAAAACCUUUGACAGCAAGUGGGGAAAAAAAUUCAAUUUGCUUAUUCGGUACUUGUCUUUAGUCAAAUUGAAAUAAAAGUCAGCUUCAUUGUCAUUUUAUGCACACCAUAUGGCAAUGGAUAAAAUGACGAGGACUAAAAAACAACCAAACAUGCAGACAAAAACAUUCAGAAUAAAUAUGUGGUAUACAAAAUCAAACAACAUAUAUAGUAAGCUACUACAGUGAAUACUCGUGAAUAUGCUAUAGAAGUUUUAUUAUU